AAGGCGUAACCUUCUGGACUGGGAUUUCCCUGACCCGCCUUCUGGAGCUGCACCGGUUUGGGUGCAUCCGUCCGUUGUCCUGCGAGGCACUUAUUAAGCUGUAUCCACCUAAGUCAAUUACAAAAGGUUUUAAGGGAGAGAGCAACGUGGAGGCGGAAAAAGAGGCGGGUCACUGCCCAAGGAAGGCGGUAGGGCAAACGGUUGGAAUGAGGAAGGGUGUGGUCUUUAAUAGAAAUUUGCAUAAAACGGAACCCAUCCGUGAGACUACAACUUCGCCCUUUUAUUGGUAGCCCCGGGGCGUCUCGUCCGGGCGGGGCAUUCUGGGAGAUGUAGUUCUGCGUUCGGUUGCUAUGGCGUUCUCCACAGCCUCCGGUCCAGAAGUGACGAGAGGCCUGACCAAUGGGAGCAGCGCCUGGGCCAGCGGGGGCGGGCCCUCUGCAGUAGGACUCCAAGGUGGCGGUGGCGAAGACGCAGGCCGUUGGGGCGCCUCGGAGGCAGGUGAGUCCCCGGACCUGGAUUCUGUGUCUUUGGAAGCGGGGCCUUGGACUUUGGACGCCUCGCGGAACCGUGCAGCCCUGGGGUGACUAUGAAAGGCUUAUAUUUUCAAAAGAGUUCUACAAAUGAAGAAAUAACAUUUGUAUUUCAAGAAAGGGAAAAUCUUCCUGUUAUAGAGGAUAACUAUGUGAGACUUCAAGUUAAAGCUUGUGCUCUAAGCCAGAUAAAUACAAAGCUUCUGACAGAAAUGAAGAUGGAGAAAGAUUUCUUUCCUGUUGGGAGAGAAAUUGCUGGAAUUGUGUUAGAUGUUGGAAGCAAGGUAUCAUUCUUUCAACCAGAUGAUGAAGUCGUCGGAAUUCUGCCCCUGGAUUCUGAAGACCCUGGACUUUGUGAAGUUGUUAGAGUGCACGAGCAUUACUUGGUUCACAAACCAGAAAAAGUUACAUGGACAGAAGCUGCUGGAACCAUUCGGGAUGGAGUACGAGCCUAUACAGCUCUGCAUUAUCUUUCUCAUCUCUCUCCUGGAAAAUCAGUGCUGAUAAUGGAUGGAGCCAGUGCACUUGGUAUGAUAGCUAUUCAGUUAGCACACCAUAGAGGAGCCAAAGUGAUUUCAACAGCAGGCAGCCUUGAAGACAAGCAAUGCCUUGAAAGACUUAGGCCUUCUAUAGCCCGAGUCAUCGACGUUUCUAGUGGGAAAGCCCAUGUUGCUGAAAGCUGUUUAGAGGAAACAGGUGGCCUGGGAGUAGAUAUUGUCCUAGAUGCUGGAGUGAGAUUAUAUAGUAAAGAUGAUGAACCAGCUGUAAAAUUACACCUACUACCUCAUAAACAUGAUAUCAUCACACUUCUUGGUGUUGGAGGCCAUUGGGUAACAACAGAAGAAAACCUGCAGUUGGAUCCUCCAGAUAGCCAUUGCCUUUUCCUCAAAGGAGCAACGGUGGCUUUCCUUAAUGACGAAGUUUGGAAUUUGUCAAAUGUGCAACAGGGAAAAUAUCUUUGUAUCCUAAAAGAUGUGAUGGAGAAGCUAUCAACUGGAGUUUUUAGACCUCAGUUGGAUAAACCCCUUCCAGUACUUGAAGCCCGAGUUUCCUUGGAAAUUGUUCAGAAAAGGAAGAUAAAAGCAAAGUGUCCGGUUUUCCUAGGAGUCAAGAUACUCAGAGUUAUUUAAAGUUUUUGAGAAGUCACUUGAAAAAUUAUUGUACAAAUGGUCAAGACAACUCCAUAAUUAACAUCUAAAGGGAUUAUUCCGAAAUUCUUGCUCGUUUCUACACAUUUGCCUUUGUUACAAAAUCCUUCCCAUGAAGAAAAUUGCUUUCAGGAGAAGCCGCGCUACUCUAUUGAUAAAGUUGGUAGUGUUUUGGUAUGUUAAAGUAA